AUGGAGCUGGACCCCACAGGGACCCAGCAGCUGGCUGCUCACUUCUGCUUUGGGCAGACAGGGCUGCCCAUCCCUCUCCAGUCCCUGGUCCAGCUCAUCUACCCAACCCUAACCCUUAUUCCUCGGGAACGCGGAGGGAGCCCCAGAGAGGACCAGGGCCUGGUCUGCAUCGCGCGCGCAGAGGCAGGGGCCGGCGGGCUGUGCUCGGUGACCUUGGCCUCAGUUUCCCCCAUCCAUCCCCGUGUGGGGGUGGGGGUAGCGCAGGUGGAGGCGGGGCUCCCGCCCCCGCCCCUCCCCCGCGCGAAGAGGCUCCGCCCCCGACUCCGCCCUCCCUCGGGCUCGGCCGGCGGCGGCGGCGGCCGCUCCGCUCCGCACUGCCCGGCGCCGCCUCGCCAUGGAUGCGCGCGGGGCGGCGGGCGGUCCGGCGAUAGUCCGGGCGCGACCCCCGCGCCGGGGCCGCCGCCACCGCCGCCGCCGCCCGCGCCCCCUCAGCCUCAGCCACCGCCCGCGCCACCCCCGAACCCGACCCCCUCACACCCGGAGCCGGUGGACGAGCCCGGCCCGCGCGCCCGGCUCUGCAGCCGCGACAGCUCCUGCACUCCCAGCUCGGCCAAGGGCGGCGCGAAUGGCGAGUGCGGGCGCGGGGAGCCGCAGUAGCCCGAGGGCCCCGCGCGCGGCCCCAAGGUGUCGUUCUCAUGCCGCGGGGCGGCCUCGGGGCCCGCGGCGGCCGAGGAGGCGGGCAGCGAGGAGGCGGGCCCGGCGGGCGAGCCGCGCGGCAGCCAGGCCAGCUUCUUGCAGCGCCAAUUCGGGGCGCUCCUGCAGCCCGGCGUCAACAAGUUCUCCCUGCGGAUGUUCGGCAGCCAGAAGGCCGUGGAGCGCGAGCAGGAGCGCGUGAAGUCGGCGGGGGCCUGGAUCAUCCACCCCUACAGCGACUUCAGGUUCUACUGGGACUUCACCAUGCUGCUGUUCAUGGUGGGAAAUCUCAUCAUCAUCCCAGUGGGCAUCACGUUCUUCAAGGACGAGACCACCGCGCCGUGGAUCGUCUUCAAUGUGGUCUCGGACACUUUCUUUCUCAUGGACCUGGUGCUGAACUUCCGUACUGGCAUUGUGAUUGAGGACAACACGGAGAUCAUCCUGGACCCCGAGAAGAUAAAGAAAAAGUACCUGCGCACGUGGUUUGUGGUAGACUUCGUGUCGUCCAUCCCGGUGGACUACAUCUUCCUCAUCGUGGAGAAAGGCAUUGACUCUGAGGUCUACAAGACGGCGCGCGCGCUGCGCAUCGUGCGCUUCACCAAGAUCCUCAGCCUGCUGCGGCUGCUGCGUCUAUCGCGGCUCAUUCGCUACAUCCACCAGUGGGAGGAGAUUUUCCACAUGACCUACGACCUGGCAAGUGCGGUGAUGCGCAUCUGUAACCUGAUCAGCAUGAUGCUCCUGCUGUGCCACUGGGACGGCUGCCUGCAGUUCCUGGUGCCCAUGCUGCAAGACUUCCCCAGCGACUGCUGGGUGUCCAUCAACAACAUGGUGAAUCACUCGUGGAGCGAACUCUACUCCUUCGCGCUCUUCAAGGCCAUGAGCCACAUGCUGUGCAUCGGCUACGGGCGGCAGGCGCCCGAGAGCAUGACGGACAUCUGGCUGACCAUGCUCAGCAUGAUCGUGGGGGCCACCUGCUACGCCAUGUUCAUCGGCCACGCCACGGCCCUCAUCCAGUCCCUGGACUCCUCCCGGCGCCAGUACCAGGAGAAGUACAAGCAAGUCGAGCAGUACAUGUCCUUCCACAAGCUGCCCGCGGACUUCCGCCAAAAAAUCCACGACUACUAUGAACACCGGUACCAGGGGAAGAUGUUUGACGAGGACAGCAUCCUUGGGGAGCUCAACGGGCCGCUGCGUGAGGAGAUCGUGAACUUCAACUGCCGGAAGCUGGUGGCCUCCAUGCCGCUGUUUGCCAACGCAGACCCCAACUUCGUCACGGCCAUGCUGACAAAGCUCAAGUUCGAGGUCUUCCAGCCCGGCGAUUACAUCAUCCGAGAGGGCACCAUCGGCAAGAAGAUGUACUUCAUCCAGCACGGGGUGGUGAGCGUGCUCACCAAGGGGAACAAGGAGAUGAAGCUGUCCGACGGCUCCUAUUUCGGGGAGAUCUGCUUGCUCACAAGGGGCCGGCGCACAGCCAGUGUGCGGGCCGACACCUACUGCCGCCUCUACUCCCUGAGUGUCGAUAAUUUCAACGAGGUGCUGGAGGAGUACCCCAUGAUGCGGCGUGCCUUCGAGACCGUGGCCAUUGACCGCCUGGACCGCAUCGGCAAGAAGAACUCCAUCUUGCUGCACAAGGUUCAGCACGACCUCAGCUCGGGCGUGUUCAACAACCAGGAGAACGCCAUCAUUCAGGAGAUCGUCAAGUACGACCGGCAGAUGGUGCAGCAGGCAGAGCUGGGUCAGCGCGUGGGGCUCUUCCCACCGCCGCCGCCGCCGCAGGUCACCUCAGCCAUCGCCACGCUGCAGCAAGCCGUGGCCAUGAGCUUCUGCCCACAGGUGGCGCGCCCGCUCGUGGGGCCCCUGGCACUCGGCUCCCCACGCCUCGUGCGCCGCGCACCCCCAGGGCCUCCGCCUCCGGCAGCCUCGCCAGGGCCACCCGCCGCCAGCCCCCCGGCCGCGCCCUCCAGUCCUCGGGCACUGCGGACCUCGCCCUACGGUGCACCCAGCUCCCCAGCCACGCGUGUGGGGCCCGCACUGCCGCGCCGUCUGAGCCGCGCCUCACGCCCGCUGUCCGCCUCGCAGCCCUCGCUGCCCCACGGCGCGCCCGCGCCCAGCCCCGCGGCCUCCACGCGCCCGGCCAGCAGCUCCACGCCGCGCCUGGGACCCGCGCCCGCGCCCACCGCCCGGACCGCCGCGCCCAGCCCGGACCGCAGGGACUCAGCCUCGCCCGGCGCUGCCGGUGGCCUGGACCCCCUGGACUCUGCGCGCUCGCGCCUCUCUUCCAACUUGUGACCCUUGCGCGCCGCCCCGCGGGCCGGGCGGGGCCGUCAUCCACACCAAAGCCAUGCCUCGCGCCGCCCGCCCGCCCGUGCCCGUGCAGAAGCCAUAGAGGGACGUAGGUAGCUUAGGCGGCGGGCGGCCCUGCGCCCGGCUGUCCCCUCAUCGCCCUGCGCCCACCCCCAUCGCCCCUGCCCCAGCGGCGGCCGCGCACGGGAGAGGGAGGGGCGCGAUCACCUCGGUGCCUCAGCCCCAAUUGGGGACGGGGACGGGGCGGCCCUGGCCGAGGAGGAAUAUGGAUCAAGUGCAAUACUCGGCCCGCCGGCUUCCCGCUGCCCCAGCCCGGCAAGCUCACGCAAUAACCAGCCUGGCCCCUGCCCACGCGUCCGAGUGACCUUCCUCGGGCACCCAGGGGUGGGCUUCACGGCCAAGCCGGCGUGGGGGCGAGGCUGGGUCCCCGCCGUCGCCAUGAAUGUACUGACGAGCCGAGGCAGCAGCGGCCCCCAUGCCCCAUUAACCCACACCCCAUUCCGCGCAAUAAACGACAGCAUUGGCGCCCA